GCUGGCGUCCAUCCUCAUCUGGCUCCAUAUCGAGCACGUCACCCGCCGUUGCCCAGCAAACGCUGUACUGUACACAGUAGAGCGACUCCCUGUGAGACGGCCGAGCGCAGCUGCAGCCCCAACGCCCGCUCCGCCCCUCCCCUGGCCGCUCAUUUACCCGCAUCAUUUCUCAUCCUCAUCCGCCGCCUCCUUUCGCUCUUUUUCUCCAGCAACACCACUGUCCCACGACACUCUUCGUGCGCGCGACCACAGCCGCUGUCCGACCUCGAGUACGACACGUUUGUGAAUCCGUCGUCGAGGAUCCUGUGCGGCAAAGCUACCAGUCAGCUGCGCGCCAAUCCGGGGCCAACUUCACCAGCGGCGCCUCCUCCGGCCACCUUCCCUCUUUUCUCGACAAACCACCUCCCUACACCACCGCGACCGCAACCCUCACCCAGUCUCUCGUUAGUCGCCCUACAAAAUCACCAAAAUGUCGGACGAGAAGGUCCGCUCCUCCGUCGAGGCUGCCCGCGAUCCCGCCGCGCCUGUGCUGCCGACCGUCAAUCCCAACCUUGAGAAGUCUCCGCAGCCAGAGGCGCCCGCCUUCCAUCCCGCCGUCUACAUUUCCACUUGGAUAGCCCUUAGUUCAAGCGUCAUCAUCUUCAACAAGUGGAUAUUGGACACGGCCAAGUUCCACUUCCCUAUCUUCCUGACAACAUGGCAUCUCCUCUUCGCGACCAUCAUGACGCAAAUCCUCGCGCGCUUCACAACCAUCCUCGACUCGCGGAAAAAGGUGCCCAUGACCGGCCGUGUGUACCUGCGCGCAAUCGUCCCAAUCGGUGUCUUCUUCAGCUUGAGCUUGAUCUGCGGUAACCAGGCAUACCUGUACCUGAGCGUUGCCUUCAUCCAGAUGCUGAAGGCCACUACCCCCGUCGCUGUCCUCAUUGCUACCUGGAGUCUCGGGGUUGCCCCGCCUAACAUGAAAACCCUUGGCAAUGUCUCCUUCAUUGUUAUUGGCGUCAUCAUCGCUUCUUUGGGCGAAAUCAAAUUCGUCAUGAUCGGCUUCUUGUUCCAGUGCGGCGGUAUCGUCUUCGAGGCCAUCCGUCUAGUCAUGGUCCAGCGCCUGCUCAGCUCUGCCGAGUUCAAGAUGGAUCCGCUCGUCUCCCUGUACUACUAUGCUCCGGCAUGCGCCCUCAUGAACGGCAUUGUCUGCCUGUUCACCGAGUUCCCCGUCCUGACCAUGGAGGACAUCUGGCGCGUUGGCGGCUUCACUCUUACCGCUAAUGCCUUGAUCGCCUUCUUGCUCAACGUCUCGGUGGUGUUCCUGAUUGGCAAGACCUCCUCCCUUGUCCUCACCCUCUCCGGUGUGCUCAAGGACAUUCUCCUCGUCUUUGCCUCCAUGCUCCUCUUCCGCGACCCCGUCUCUCUUCUCCAGGCUUUCGGUUACAGCAUCGCUCUCGCCGGUCUGGUCUAUUACAAGCUCGGAGGCGAGAAGAUCAAGGAGUACUUGGGACAGGGCCAGAUGAUGUGGGGCGAAUUCGGUCAAACCCGCCCUGCUGCUCGUAAGCUGCUCGUUUUCGGAGCUGUCCUGAUCUCUGUGUUCCUCAUGUUGGGUGCUCUUGGGCCCCGGUUUGCUCCCGACUCUACCGAUCGCCUCUACAGCGGCAUCGGAAGCAUCAUCGGCGAGAAGGGCGCGUGAGCGCUUCUAGAGCUUCUUGCCCUCUCUGUCCGCUGAAUAGACUGAGUGCGACGUCACCUUCCAACUGUUGGAAUAUUAGUUCCACAGGGCGAGACCAGCCUCUUGCUUCACUUCUUCCCUGUUUUUCUAUUCUCUUUUGACGCGGGGUUCACGGGUUAUCGGUGUUGGUAACAUAGACAAGCGGGUUCUUUCGACGCCCCGAGCGCCUCCACGAGAAGGCUCGGCCUGGAGUUUCUUCCUUGUCUCCAGGUCGACUCGGCGAGCGAGUAUAGCAUUGUAGUUCGUGUCGUUACACAUUUCGGGGCAAUGAAGGGAAGCCAUGAAAAUCGC